ACUUUCAAAUCUCGUCACGUUCAUUUACGUGAGCAGUUUUACAAGCUCGCUAAGCUUCAGUUCCUCCAUUUAAGAGCUAUGACGAAAUAAAAACAUUCGCACAGUUUUGUUUUAAGUCAAGAUGUAUUCUCAUGUGGCUAUCCAUCGGUCAAUUAUCAUGUCCGAUAAGCAGCAGAACGGUUCCGAUGCGGUCGACAAGGCCACGGUAGAAGUAGCACAAAUGGCAUUGGAAGACACCGGUAAGGCAGUCCCAGCUGGUGACGCGAAAGGUGCGGUAUCGAAAUCAGUCGAUAACAAUACUGCUUCUAAAAAGGAAGAUAAUGGAACUGCCAGUGCUGCCGCCCCCGUUUCGACAGCCGCGUUUAAAGAACAAUUCAAGGCGUUCUCGAAGUUUGGGGAUACCAAAUCGGAUGGCAAACAUUUGACCCUGUCCCAAAGCGACAAGUGGAUGAAGCAAGCAAAGGUUAUAGAUAAGAAGAUUUCCACAACCGAUACCGGUAUCCACUUCAAGAAGCUAAAAUCGAUGAAACUUACAUUCGAAGACUACAAUAAAUUCCUGGAAGAUCUAGCGAAGACCAAAAAGGUGGAGCUGGAAGAAAUUAAAAGUAAAAUGGCGAAUUGCGGAGCGCCAGGUGUUCAUAAUGCUACUCCCGGGAAAGCUGCCGAAACAGUGGCCAGGCUAACUGACACAUCUCGAUACACUGGAUCGCACAAGCAGCGUUUCGACGAAAGUGGCAAGGGCAAGGGGAUUGCGGGACGCAAGGAUAUGUCGGAUAAUUCCGGAUAUGUUCCUGGUUAUGGCCACAAAAACACCUAUGAUAAGACACAUUAGGGUAUCUGCCACCUCAAAAUCUUCCCUACUUUGAAUGAUAUUGUGCAAAGCAAAACUGAAUCAAAAUCGUAUAUUGUCUUCAAGAUAUUUAGCAAUCAUGCUGCAUUGUUUUAAGCUUAAGUUUCGACGAAUAAAACGUUGAGUUUGCUUUGUUUAUUAUACCUACUUUCUAAAGGUUGUUACACAUAUAGCUAAUAUUGUUUCAUAUUGAGUAUUUUUUCGCGGAGAUGAGUCUAGUCGUUACAUAUGCAAUAGGCAAAAAUUUACGUGCUUAGUAUCCUUGUGAACUUGCAUUUUGAACAUCUCUAAAAUUUUUGCACCCAAGACAUUUUUCUAUCCAGAGAGUAAGAGUAUAUACAGUUCAUUGUGAAUGAUUACAAACUAAAUAAAAAUAGAUUAAGAACCCCAACAAACGAGAACACAAAUUUAUUCGUAUUUUUCCUCUACAUGAUAUUUCCCAACCAAACAA